GUUACUUUUGUUUGUGAAUGAUAAUUUUCGUGAAGAUUCGCUUGAGACUAGGGUGGAAACCUGUUUAAAAGGAAAAAUCUUGCGACAUGGAUAGCCUCAGGUUUGCCAUGGUUCCUUUGGAAAUGGAAUAUCAGGCAGCGGAAAACAAUAUCGCUUGGAACACCGGGCUUGACUUGCUUCAAGUCGAACAAAAUCCGUAUAAUUCGCUGCAAUGGACAACUGCUCCCGAGAUGGCAUACGUAGCUCCACCGCAGCCUGAUAUGAUGGUGCAUCAAAAUACUGUCCCUUUCCUGGAAACUCAUUAUGUAGCCAGUGAACCCAUGACCGCUGCUCCUACUGGAGAGUGCGUUACGGUUCUAGAAACAAGAACGCACGGAUUGCCUGAAGGCUGGUGUAAGAUGCUUGUGAAGCAAAAGACUCCUCCGGGGGAAUCCUUCGUAGUUUGUCAAGUCACGGAUGGCUCCAUAUUCAGGACUUCCGACGAAAUAAUGGACUACUGUUGCAAACUGGGGAUGCAGAACGUAUCAUACGAAUUGCUCGACCUGACCCCAUGGCAGCACCAAGAACCGUCUGCUCAUACUCAGUCUGUCGACGGUCAAACUACUUGUCCAGUUCCGAGCUUAACGCCGUCGUUAUCCGAAGACGGUGAUCUGAAUUUCGCGGAUCCCGGCAAUUCUUACGACGUGCUAAAUACGUCAACGGAAGGUCUUCCCGAGGGUUGGACUCGGGUUAUUGUAAAACUAGAAGCUCACGGUGGGAAACCUGUGAAGAGUGUUUUCUUCAUGUCUCCAUCCGGGGAUAAGCAUUGGUCUAUAAAGAGCGUGCGGAAAUACUUCAAGGACAACAACCUAGGGAAAUGCAAUCCAUCGGAUUUCAAGUUCAGUUUGAUUCGUAAAAAGCAACCCGGUGUUUCUGGACAGCAACUUCCGACUGAUGUCGAACCAUUAGUUCUACACACCUCCGUCGGCGCUCCCGCCGGGUUUUCCAAGGUGGCCCGGCGAAAACUCUAUGGUGCCUGCGCUGGGACGUUCGACGUCUUUUUCAUGUCCCCUCCUCCUCUUCAAAGAGUUUUGAGGGCAAAAAAGGAUGUCCUGGAUUUUUUGGCGUCAAAUAAUCUUCAAGACCUGACCUUGUCGGAUUUCGAUUGGUCCAAGCCAAAGGGUGAAAUUGAUCCAGAGGUUUGGACAAAGAUAGAUUUUGAAUUGCAGAGCGAUUCUGCGGGUUACACUCGUUACCGUAACCUAACUGCGACCCGCGCUGAAAGUGGGAAGCUAAACCUGGAAAACGAGGUGAACUCUGAUACUGUUCAGAGCUUCGAAUCCGGUGAAAAUCCUCUGAGUGAGCCACCCAGCGAACCAUUUGAAUCAAACGAGCAACCCGUUGACUCACACGUCGAGAACGGAACCAAAGAAACCCAAAGCUGUGUCCCUGAUGUCACACCAGUUGAUGCAGAAUCGACAUCCGAGUCUGCAGAUCAUGUGUCGGAAGUAACUGAGGAAUUUCGGGAACCCGGAAGCCCGAAGGUGACGGAAACGUCGCCUGAAAGCGCCUCGGAGUCUAAGAAAGCUUCUGAACUUCGAAAUUUCAGAAUCCGGAAAGAGCAUACUGGAAAAGAAGAAACUAGCAAUACGGAGCUUGUCACUCCGACCAAAGAUGCUCAGCGAAGCAAACCCGUUAGGGUCAGCCGUUCACAGAAGAAAAAUGAUAGUCCAUCUUUCCCGGAAUCUGGAAGAAUUUCUCCCAAUGCGACGCAUUCCGCAGUCCUCGAAGCACUGGGAAAAUCAAAUGAGGACAAAAUGAUUGUCGUUCGUGGUGGAAAAGUGUCUGUUUUGGAUUCCGACGCAAUUGCUGAGCUUGCGACGCUUUGGGGCGCACCUUCGGCGCAGAAAUUCUUAGAUGAACUUGACAGAGUCAUUGAAACAUGCCGGAAAUCUGGCUCGGCUGAGAAGCAGCCCUCGAAACGUUCGAGAAAAUAUGCUCCUAUUGUAAAUUCGCGACGUAGUGUCGUGAAGUCUCGUCGUAGUGUCGUGAAGUCGCGACGUAGUGCCGUUAAGCCGCUACUAGAAGGAAAUCGUAGAACAUCAUCCCGAAGAAGUCUUCGAAACGCUGAUUUUCCACAAGUGCCGUUCGUUGUCGCUGAAGUACCUAACCUUGUCGCCGAAGCACCGAAUCUUGUCGCCGAAGUACCGAAUCUUGUCGCCGAAGUACCAAAUCUUGUCUCCGAAGUACCGAACCUUGUCGCCGAAAAGCCGAUUGUUCCCAAAGUUCCGAAAAAACCGGGACGCCCUUCAAAGAAAUCAGCAGUUCCUGAGCCAGUAAUCGAACCAGUAGUGGACACUUCGCCAGUUAAGCGUAAACGAGGUCGACCGAGAAAAAUCCCAGUUGAAUCCGUCUGCCCACAAGAACAAUUAGUGACGCCUCUUCGUUUAGUGAAUGCGAAAGAGGGAAUUCUCCCUUCGCCUCGUAAAAGAAGUCGAUUGGAGCCUAAAGAAAUUCCUCAAAUCCCCGUAAAAUCUGUUGCACCUGAGCCUGUUGUACUUGAAACUGAGACCAGCGUAAAAUUUCCGAAGGGACGAAGAGGGCGUGUUUCACGUAAACGUGAAAUGCCCGCAUUGGUGAAACGUUUGCCUGAAGCACAAAUCGUAGAUGAACCCGGAACACCAAUCGUAGAAAAACCCGAAGCACCGAUCGAAGAAAAACCCGAAGCACCAAUCAAAGAAAAUCCCGAAGCGAUAACACCAGUGCAAAUGCCGUGUGGUCUCAUGGAAUUGGAAUUUCGACGAUCUCUGAAAGCCUUCGUGAAAUUGACGGAUUGCGCAGCAUCUUCUGGUAGAAAAACUCGCGGAGGGGCAAGUAAAGACAUUUCCAAGCAGGAAACAAAAUCGGUUAUUAAAACCGACAUUGUCGAGGAGCGUCACAAGGUGUUGAGUAAGUCAUGUGCUGGUUUGCCGCCUGGUUGGCAGAAGGUGACGUUUGAAAGGCAAAUCGGAGUUAGGCAAGGACACGUUGAGCAAAUCUACCAGGCUCCUUGCGGGAAAAAAAUUUGGUCAAUGACGAUGCUGAAGGAUUACGUCGCCAAGUAUCGUCUGCAGAACUUCAAUUUUGGCUGCUUUCAUUUCAAAAGCAUGUCUGGUUUUGAAGUGAAGCGGAAAACAGCCAUUGAGAAAGAAGUCUCUACAGAAUCUCCUGAAUCAACGCCCGCCUUAAAAUUGAAGAUUUCGCGGAAAUCUCGGGCUUCAGUUUCCAACGUUGCACCCCUCAGAGUAACUCGCCGGAAACGCACGUUGGAGAUUAUGGGGACAUCUUUUUCGAAAAUAUCCGUAGCACGGAAAAAUCGAAUUCGAUCGAAAGGAGAAACUUACGAAAUUAUUGAAAAUAAACCGACUGAUGCAGAAAAACACAACGAUUUACCUGAAGAUGUUUCCUUGGAAGCUCCCGAAUCACAAGAAAAUUUUUCGGCGAAGACAUUGAAUGUGAAAUUCAAAAGUCACACCAUGGAAGUGUCCCGUGAAACUACGGGUUUACCAAGUGGUUGGUCAAAGAUAAUCACAAAACAGUUGAAUCGGAAAUUGGGGUCACACUCGGUUUGUUUCGAAUCACCGGACGGCAGAAGAUUCUGGACCCCUUUUGGGCUGAAGCAGUAUUUCAAGGACUCGGGUAUGACUGAGACCAACAUCGCGUCCUUCGAUUUUUCCGUUGAAUCUCGGCUGUCAAGAUUGUCGGAAGCUCUUCCGUCGAACGACGACGCAAGCGUCGAAAAGGAUCCUGGAACUGGAGACUCGGUGGAGGAGACGACUGAAGGAUUGCCGGCCGGCUGGUCUAGAAAGGUCGUCCGAGUGACGGAAACUUCGCAAGGCAAAAAGCGAGCUCGUCUCCGAGUUGCCUUUCGAUCUCCAGCCGGCCAUUCAUUCAUGUGUCUUUCCAAACUGAACGAAUAUCUAGACAAACAUAAGCUCAAGGUAGACCGUGCAUUGUUCGAUUUCUCUGUGUCUGUACAUCGUGAUGCGUGCGAAGCAGGAUUGCAGAAGUCUGAAAUAAUCACUGCGGGUACUCAAAUGGGCCUCGAAGACUCCACAUGUGAAGAUUCGAAGGAACGUAUGGAAAAUGUAUCUACACCUCUGGGUGUCAAAACCGAGCGUGUAGUUCAAUGAACGGGAAAUAGUAGAUGGAAUGUUCUGGCCUUUUCUCCUCUCAGACCGAAAAGAGAUGACAAAUUUGAUAUGUUUUUAUUUGUAAUAAAUGAUGGUGAUGAAAUAUCACUGUUCAGAUGCUGAAGGUGAAGUGUUUGUUGAACAUUUUCUCUAACUAUUCCGUUUCGUCAGAGCGUGUGUUUGAUUGUGGAUUUUGUUGCUGCAAAAUUUGAUCUCAUAGGAACGGUUGAAAUCGGGUUAUUUGAGUUGGAAAUGCUGUAUUCGUAAUUUUUCGUUUCCCGAAUAAGUUAAAUUGUGCUGGAGGGCAUUGGGUGAAGUUCGUGCGUUCUGAUUGCUCAUGAAACGAGAACUUGCGAAUUUUUGCAUUUAUUAUAAAUUUCCUCCCUCUACUGGCGAUUUGUUUCUCUCCGAAAUGUUGUCUGUACAUUUUUUUCGGUUUUUAGCUGUUUCCUGGUUUGUUUUUUUUUAGAAAUUGAAAGCUCAAGUUAACUUGCACUUGAGGAAAAGAAAAUGAGCAGUGGUUCAGCACGCCAAAAAUGAUAUGCCUCUCGGAGCUCUUGAACAAAAAAGUGUUCGUUUUGCGAAAGCUCGUGAGAUUCGCUGUUAUUGUUCGAAUUUCUUCAAUGCUACUGCUUAUUUCCGAAAUAUUUUACAAAAUGUUUGCCAAAUCUGAGUUUUGUUUUGUUCUCAAAAACAUAUCGCCUCAUUUCGUCGGUCUUGUUUACUGAGGUUUUUACUCGGUGUAGCUUUUGUUUUUAUUGCAAAUAUUUCAUUAAUUAUUUUUUCGUGAACAGAAUUUCGUUGUAAGCGUGAGGCUUCGCUCAUCAUUUUGUUCAUUAUAUUGGUCGGAAGUGAAUCGAAAUCCCUGUUUUUCGGUAUUAACUCUUCUGUUCAUUUGUCGAAGGUAAUGAACUUUAACUUGCAUUCAUUUCUUUUUUUCUCUCGACAAUUGUUUCUUUUUUGAGGCUUCGUUUCGUAUGUUUUCUACACGACUACGUUUAUUUUCGCAUUUCCGUCCUGCGCAUUUGCUAUUGGAUCAAAUGAAUGUUUUCCCCGCGAGCGGGUAUGAGAUUUU